CUCUUCCAUACACCACUCUUUCUCUCUAUUCUCUAACAUCACAAUUUCAAUUGUUUUUUUUUUUACAUAAUCAUGGCCAUGAAACGUGCUGUUCAAUCCCUGCUUGCCUCAUCUUCCACCCUCACCAGGAACCUUCAUGCCUCAGGAGAAAAAAAGAAGAUUGUAGGGGUGUUCUACAAAGGGAAUGAGUAUGCUUCGAAUCCCAAUUUUGUGGGAUGUGUUGAAAGAGCAUUGGGUAUACGUGAGUGGUUGGAAUCACAGGGUCACCAGUACAUAGUCACUGAUGACAAAGAAGGACCCGAUUCAGAACUAGAGAAACACAUUCCUGAUGCCAAUGUCAUCAUAUCUACUCCAUUUCACCCUGCCUAUAUCACCGCAGAAAGAAUUAAGAAAGCCAAAAAUUUGGAGCUGCUUUUGACUGCUGGCAUUGGUUCUGAUCACGUUGAUCUCAAGGCAGCAGCUGCUGCUGGUUUAACUGUGGCAGAGAUCACAGGAAGCAACGUAGUCUCGGUCGCGGAGGAUGAACUCCUCAGAAUCCUUGUUCUGGUGAGGAAUUUCUUGCCAGGGUACCAUCAGGCUGUUAAUGGGGAAUGGAAUGUUGCUGGCAUUGCACAUAGAGCUUAUGAUCUUGAAGGAAAGACAGUAGGAACCGUUGGCGCGGGUCGAAUUGGGAAGCUUUUGCUCCAGAGGCUGAAGCCUUUUAACUGUAAUCUUCUGUACUAUGAUAGACUUAGGAUGAAUACUGAUUUGGAGAAAGAGAUUGGAGCAAAGUUUGAGGAGGACCUUGAUGCAAUGCUUCCAAAGUGUGAUGUAAUUGUUAUCAACAUGCCUCUUACUGAACAGACAAGAGGAUUGUUUGACAAAAACAGAAUUGCUAAGUGCAAGAAAGGUGUGGUGAUUGUUAACAAUGCUCGAGGGGCAAUUAUGGACACCCAAGCAAUUGCUGAUGCUUGCUCUAGUGGCCACGUUGCAGGCUAUGGUGGUGAUGUUUGGCCCAUACAACCAGCUCCAAAGGACCAUCCAUGGCGCUACAUGCCAAACCAUGCCAUGACUCCUCAUAUUUCUGGCACCACCAUUGAUGCACAGUUACGUUAUGCUGCUGGUGUCAAAGACAUGCUUGAUAGGCACUUCAAGGGUGAAGACUUUCCAGAACAAAACUACAUUGUGAAGGAGGGUCAACUUGCAAGCCAGUAUCGUUGAAGUGAUGCUUUUGUUGAAUUUGAAUCUUCCAUUUUAAAGUUCCACGGAUUAGCAAAUAAAGAUCUAUAUAGAGGGCACUCUAAUUAUAUAAUGUACUUGCUUUGUUGAAUUUGAACUCGUUUAAUUGAUGUCAGAAAUAAAAUUGUAAGGAACACUUUCCAUGUUCCAUGUAUUGAUCUUGUGUUUUUCGAAUUUGAAUGUAAUACUUGUCAUGUGAGGAAUGAAAAUUAACGAACAAUAUGUCUAUCAAGACUAUGAAGGAAGGGUU